UCAUUAAAGAAGUUGGUAUCCAAUAGAAUUUGGGUUUUGAGAGAGAAGAAAAAUCAUGGUACAAGUCAAAGAAUUUGAUGGUAAUCUGAAAGAGGAGGGUCUGGUUUCUCUGAGCCCUUCAGUAUCUGGUAGCACUUGCGAUAAUGCAGUUCUCAAUCUAGCCUCUUUGCAAGGGAGAAUGGCUGGUCCUAUAAGACGAUCAACAAAGGGCGGCUGGACAGAGGAGGAGGAUAAAAUUUUAGCCCAUGCUGUCCAAAAGUUCAAUGGCAGAAACUGGAAAAAGAUUGCUGAAUGUGUUCCUGACAGAACAGAUGUUCAGUGCCUUCAUCGCUGGCAGAAAGUUCUCAAUCCUGAUCUUGUUAAAGGAUUUUGGUCCAAGGAGGAAGAUGAUCUAAUAAUUGAGCUGGUCGCGAAGCAGGGCAACAAGAAAUGGUCUGAAAUAGCAAAGUCCUUGCCAGGUCGCAUAGGCAAGCAAUGUCGAGAGAGGUGGCACAACCAUUUAAAUCCAGAUAUAAAAAGAACUGCAUGGACCAAAGAAGAGGAACUGACUCUUAUUGAGGCCCAUAAGAUUUAUGGGAACAAGUGGGCUGAAAUAGCAAAGUUUCUUAAUGGAAGGAGCGAAAAUUCAAUUAAAAACCAUUGGAACUCCUCAGUGAAGAAGAAGUUAGAACUCCGUUCGUCUCAUACUUCUGAUAUGGGCUCUCAAAAUAUAAAAUCAGAAAGCAGAAAGCGUGAGGUGGUAAAGCAAGGUCUUGAUCAGAAAGCUAACAUGGAAAGAAAUGUGGAACCCUGUUCACUGGACCUGAAUCUCGUUCUCGGAACUGCAAAUAGAAGGGAAAGCCAAAUGCAAUCUUCUGACAAAGGAAGUUGUGGGUGGCUUACAAAAAGGGCAGCUACAAACAAAAUGAUGAAAACACCACCUAGAACCGUAUUUUACGACAGAGCUGCAGCUGCAUGUGGUCUAAAUAUUGAACAAUGCCAAGAAACUUCUAGUAACUGUGGCAGACUGAGGGACUCUCAUAAUUUGACUGCUAAUAAUCAUUACAACAAUAUUUGCAAUACUGCUCCUGAUUAUCUGGGUUUCCCAUUUUCACAUAGGCGGAACCAUAAACCCAGUGAUCCUAUCUAUUUGUUGCCUUCCAGACCACUUCCUAGACCACCACAAGCCUCUUUAAAUGCUGGCUUAGGUGUUCCUGGUUGUAAGAAAACAGCUGGUUAUUUUAUCAACAAACCAGUUCUCCCAGUUACUGCUCAGGGAUUGUAUGAAUCCUCUAGUGGACCACAAGCUUAUGAGAAAAAGAAAGAUGGUGGAGCUCCUGUGAAUUCAAAGAAUUCAAGCCAUGGUCGCUUGUGCUACAGGCCAUUCCAACUCGAGGAUGUGGAAUUUUAUUUGGAAAACGGUGAAUUCCCAAGUACAGAUAGUUACAUCCAGACAGAAUGUAGUUCAGUUUCCUUUUGCACUCCAACAAGCCACGAUACAAGAAUUUUUGUUGAUUGUAACAGUCCAGAUUCCACAUUGAGAAGUGCAGCGAGGACGUUUGAGAAAUCUCCAUCUAUCAUAAGAAAACGACGGCAUUCAGUUUCCAGAAAAAGUGUCAAUGCAGUAAAUCAUGGUGACAGUGUUUGCUCAAAAGAAAUUAGCAAUAACUUCAGAAACAGCCCCCACUUGCUAGGUCUAAGUCCAUGUGGUAAAACUAAUUCCAGUAGCAUGGUUCAUUCAAACCUCAAACAACAUUUUAUUUCUCCUCCACAGUCUCAGAAGUUUGGGGAUUCUGCUGUCAUGAAGUCUGUAGAAAAACGCUUGGAACAUGCAUUUGAUGUUGAAUGGGAUUCGGCUAGCACCGUAUCUAGGACCUUAUCUCCAUGAAGAGUGUCUUAUCAGAAUAUUUUGUGCUCCAUCAUCAGACAGCCUUUAACUUCAUGAUAUAAGUUCAGAACAUGUCAUGUUGGAUUCGAAAUGGGGUAAAAUUGCAAAGAGCAGUCGUUUAGCAUAUGCAUGCAGUUUUCUAGAGAGCGAUGCUGUUAAUUAGAUAGAUCAAUCAUCAUUUUGCAGCCAACUAUUUGACAGCACAAGUGCCCCUUCCACAAUGGAGGACGUGAAUUAUAAAUAUACCACAUUCUCUUUUAAUGACUGACGUUAAAAAUAUGUGCAUAGUGGCCACUAGGUCAAGGUUUUGGGGAACAGUGAAGCUAAUUAGCCCAAUUAAAAAUGCUGAUAUUUUUAUUAUAUGUCAACAUAAAGCAUUUUUCUUUUGUUUUAC